CACUCACAAUCUGAUAAACUCUCAUGCUACCAACACUGCUGCAAGGAAACGUCUGUAGUGCAUUUGGGGCACAUAAAUUGAGGGAUUGUUAAAUCCACAGGCUGGUCUGAAAUAAUUAAUACAUUUUGCUUGCUCUGAUUGCUAAGGAGGGACUUGUCUAUUCUUUGAUUAAGAGGUGAACUUUGAUUGAACUUGGCUGGACACUCAUAGUAAUUCCUCAAGCAUUACCACUUUUUUGAGACCGUUCUUUGGCCAUCAUGUACAGCAGUGGCUACUCCCCGGUCUUCAAGGGCAGCCCCGCGAGCCAGAAGAAGAUGCAGUACCGCUCAAAGGGCAAGAGCUGCGGCUACUACAUGCGCAUUGUCUUCUUCUUCUCUUCGCUCAUUCAGUCUCUUAUCAUUGUCAGCCUUGUGCUCUUUCUGUACUAUGGUAAGACGCAGGACUCGGCGUCCACGUCUCGAAUCCAAGACCUGGAGGAAAGCUUUAGCCGACUCUCCAUAGAGAAUGUCCUCCUGAAGGGGCAGAGGAAGAACCUGACCAAUUUGCUCAACGCCACCCUGAUUGAGAAGGCUCGCAAUGACUGGGACCUGGCUGAAUUCCGCAUCCAUGCCAACAUCUCGUGGUUUUUUAUCAAUCGUACUGAGGAGGAGAAGAAACAAUGCUCUGAGGAAUUGAAACUUUGCAAAAACCAAUGUCUGUAUGGUCCCAGAAUCCAAACAUAUUCUCUUCAAGGUAACUGUGGUCAUUCGACUGAACAGCUAAAGGCCAAGCUCGAACUUGUGGAGUCCAACUUCACACAGACAAUUAACAUAUUGAAAAGGGAAAUGGGCCAGACUGUCAAAGAGAGGGACAACUUUAACUUGGAGGCCAUCCGUCUGCGUAGGGAAAAAUCCUCAUAUAAAAUGGAAGUGGAAUUCUGUAAACAAAAAUGCAAAGAUGACUUUUCCCAGUCCUUGAGUGGUAUCUCCAACGUCUCCAAGGCUUUUCUGGGGAAGAUUGACUCCCUUUUCCCUUCACACAUCGCCUUCCAGAUCACCUGUCCGAAGCAGAGGGAACACCUGGAGCAGAUCCGCACCAAUUGCACCAGGCUGUCCAUGGAGGUGGAGGAAAGGUUCCAGCAUUACCUGAAUAAUGUGGGAGAACAGGUGUCAAUCAUCCAGGCUGAGAGUAGUCACUUGAAGGCAGAAAACAUUCUACUGUCUGAAGACUUCCGCAGAUGCAGCACAAACCGCACAGGUCUUAUCGAGGAGCACACGCAGAACUUAAACAAGCUGCAGAAGAAGCAUGAUCAGGACAAGGAGAAACUCCUAAUGGACAAGAUCGGGCUUAAUGAAGCUAUAGUUGUCUUGAACAACAAUGUCAAGUAUCUCAGUAAUUUGAUUGAUCAACUUAAAGAGGAAAAUAAGAAGCUCAAUAUGUCAUGCUCAACUAAGACAGGAUUACAUGUACCUUCCGGUGGCUCGCCCUAUGGGACAGAGGUAGUUGGAAUUGGAUCUUAUGGGUUUAAUAAGCCAGUAUCGACUGGGACAGGCACCUCAAGCUCUUCAUCAGGGUCAAGAAGCUCCUCUGUAUCAACAUUCAAUAAGCUGCCAUCAUCUGGUACCAGUUCUUCAAGUUCCUCAUCAGGGUCAGGUAGCUCCCUUGGAUCAACAUUACAUAGGCCAGUAUCAUCUGGUACCAGUUCUUCAAGUUCCUCAUCAGGCUCAGGUAGCUCCCUUGGAUCAAUAUUACAUAGGCCAGUAUCAUCUGGUACCAGUUCUUCAAGUUCCUCAUCAGGCUCAGGUAGCUCCCUUGGAUCAAUAUUACAUAGGCCAGUAUCAUCUGGUACCGGAACUUCAAGUUCCUCAUCAGGCUCAGGUAGCUCCCUUGGAUCAAUAUUACAUAGGCCAGUAUCAUCUGGUACCAGUUCUUCAAGUUCCUCAUCAGGGUUAGGUAGCUCCCCUGGAUCAACAUUCCAUAGGCCAGCAUCAUCUGGUACCGGAACUUCAAGUUCAAGUGGUUCAGGUUCAAACAAACCAGCACUGACUAGCAGACUUGAUGAUGGCUUAAAUAAGCCAACAUCAAGUCUGAAAAGCUCUUCGUCCUCUGGGUUAUCCUCUGGGUCAUCCUCUGGGUUAUCCUCUGGGUCAUCCUCUGGGUUAUCCUCUGGGUUAUCCUCUGGGUUAUCCUCUGGGUCAUCCUCUGGGUCAUCCUCUGGGUCAUCCUCUGGGUCCACCAGCAAAAGUAGUUCCAGCUCCUGAUUUAGUUGGCGUGGGUUUGGGAGCAAUAACUCAGGCCAAAGUAAGACAGGAAGUGGAACAGGGAAAGGAACAUCGACUGGGAAUAUUAAUAGUGGACUUGGACAAUCCUUUGGUGCAGGAAGAACGAGUGGACAUGGAGGUGGCUCAAUCAGUGUUUCUCAGCACUUGAAGAAUCUGCAGCGCAUCAUCAACCCCUCUGGCUCAGAGGAGAAACAAGAUCUCUCCAGAAUGUUGGGUUAGACUAUCUUAAUGGGGAAAAACAAGAAAAAAAGAUGUAUCUCCCACUGCAUCUAUAAUGUGCAGCUAAAUGUAAACCUCUCAUAUUGAGUGCAUAUUUUAUAUCAAUAAAUACACCAUAUAUUAUACAGUGUUUGUGACAAUUUGUACUUCAGUAUGUAUUUUGAAAAGUAUUUUGAAUAACUCUUGCACUUUUUAAUGUAAAAUGUGAAGUUUGUGUAUAGCUCUGUCAGUAUGGUCAUGGAGGUGAAGAGAAGAGCACGACUCCAAAAGGUGUGCAAAAUAGAAAUAUUUUUUAUUCUUGCUUCCCCACGACAUGGUUGCCUCCACCAUACACCCCACAACAACACAGAAUGACUGCCUUUUAUAGACGGCUUCGACCUUAAUUGACUGGGUCGUACCAUCCCAGGGUUACCCUUACAACAUUGAAUGUUUAGCACACCAUUAACAUUCAAUAUAUAAAUACCCAGUAAAUAAAUCCCCACAAUAAAUACAUCAUUAUAAAUAAACAUAUUUGUUACGUGCCGGGCAGGCUGUACUUUUGUUUCUUGCCUCCUGCUCUUUUCUCUACUCCCUGUCAUUCACUACAGCUAAUCAGCAGCUGAUCAGUACCUGCCUGGGCAUCUCUGACUGAUGACUGAUUGGCUCCUCUCACCCUCAGCUGACCAAUCAGCACCCAGGACCAGCCAUAAAGGAGACAACCAGGAAGCCUUCUGGGGGUCUCACUGCUGGGCCUGCUGCUGACUGGAGAGCCUCAAUUUGACUGUGUGUUAAAUUACUGUGACAAUUGUGUAUCCUGUGCUAUAUGUUGUGACUGUGUGUGUGUGGUGGGAGGUGGAGGAGUUAGGUAAGUUUGGGGUACCCUUUACAUCUCAUCACGUAGAUAACAUAUGUUAGACACACUAGGUUAGCGGAUUGUUGCCACCCCUGUAUUUUGCUUUGUCCACUUAUUAGUAGUUCAGGAAGUGAGGGUUUUUGUUUGGGUUUGUUUCAGAAGAGAUAUGUAGAGAUAGGCCUGGUUGUUGUUAUAUUUAUUUCUUUUAUUUGGCACAAACUCCCUUGUCUCCUCCUCCUCCUCCUCCUCCUCACCUGAAGAACAUUUGUUGUUCAUUCUUUAGUGAUUAGAAAUAAACAUUGUCUGUCUUAA